UCGCGCUACGUCGGAUAUAUUCGUAUCAUAUUUAUUGCAUCGUUCUUCACUCCAGUGUUUACUUUCAUCAUAUUCAUAUCAUUUCGUUCUAGUCAAGUGUCCCAUUACCGAGUCAACUUUUCAUCCUACUCAGUAUUUUAAAAUGACCGAGGCUAUAAGAUUCGGAAUAAUCACAGUAAGCGACACCUGCUUCAACGGUACGAAAGUUGAUACUUCUGGACCCAGGCUGAAAAAAGAAGUUUCCGAAAUCUUUCCAUCAUGUAAAGUGGUCGAAACAGCUUUGGUAGAAGAUGAACUAGAGAAAAUCAAAAACUAUCUGGAGACUUGGGCAGACAACGGAAUCUGUGACGUCAUCUUGACUACAGGAGGUACAGGUUUUGCAGAAAGAGAUGUCACUCCAGAAGCAACACGUCAGGUCAUUCAAAAAGAAGCUCCUGGUUUGGCGUAUACUAUGAUAUCCAGAAGCCUCCAAACUACCGAGAUGGCCAUGCUUUCUCGUGCGGUAUGUGGAAUCCGGAAAAGGACCCUCAUUGUUAAUUUACCCGGCAGUGAGAAAGGAGCUGUGGAAUGCCUGGGAUUCAUAAAGAGAGGGAUUCCACAUGCAGUUGAUCUUCUCAAAUCGUUUGAUGAAAACAUCAAAGCUGUACAUAGUUAUAUGCAGAAUAAACGUCCCGAAGAUCGAGAUAAGAAGAUUGAAAAGGAUUCUAUUAGUCCGAGCAAGGUAAAAAUGGACAGCGUAGCGACAAGAAGUCGGACAUCUCCCUACCCAAUGCUUGAAGUAGAUGAAGCCAAUGAAGUAAUUCUGAAGGAAUGUUCCCCAACGCUAGAAACGGAGGCGGUUCACUUUGAAAAGGCACUUCACAGAGUUUUGGCGGAGGACGUUUUUGCUGAAGAACCGGUGCCAGCAUUUCGUGCUUCUAUCAAAGAUGGUUACGCUGUGAGGUCAUCCGAUGGUUGUGGAAAUCGAUAUGUUAAGGAAGUUGCCGCUGCAGGAGAUGAGCCAUUUAAAGACGAACUGAAAGAAGGUGAAGCAAUUCGGAUUUCUACUGGAGCUGCUGUUCCAGCAGGUGCUGAUGCGGUAGUUCAAGUCGAAGAUACAACUGUUGUCGAAACAUCUGCGGACAACAAGAGUGAGGUUAUCAUUUCCAUCAAUAGCUUACCCAAGGCAGGCCAAGAUAUAAGAGAAAUUGGAAGUGACGUACCGGCCAAUUCCCUUGUUUUAAAGAAAGGUGAUCGUAUCACCCCGGCUCAUGUUGGUGUCAUGGCCAUGCUGGGAAAAUUAGAAGUGAAAGUUUUCAAGCAACCUUCCAUUGGAGUUCUAUCAACAGGUAACGAAGUAAAAGCCCCAGGAGAUCACUUGAAACCAGGACAAAUCAGGGACUCAAAUAAACCCACUCUCGUGAGUUUAUUGAAGAAAUAUCAUUAUGAACCAGUUGAUUGUGGAACGGUUAUGGAUGACCCGACAUCAGUGAAGGCAGUUCUUCAUGAGGCGUUUUCGAAAAACGACGUCGUUAUUUCGAGUGGCGGGGUUUCGAUGGGAGAAUUUGAUGUUUUGAAAAGGGUCCUUGUUGAGGAUUUCGGUGCGGAGAUCCAUUUUGGAAGAGUCAAUAUGAAACCAGGGAAACCUACAACAUUUGCGACAUUUGUAUAUGGCGAAAAAUUGAAAAAAUUCUUCGGUUUACCUGGAAAUCCAGUAUCCUGCGGAGUGACUUGUUUACUGUUUGUUAUACCGACAUUGAGGUAUCUGGAAAGGAGCACUGUAUACCGAUUUCCUGUUAUCAAUGUACGGGGGUCGCUGAUAAACCAAGAUUCAAGGCCAGAAUACCAAAGAGUGCAGGUAAAAGUUAAUUCAGGAUAUUUUGUAAUGAAAUCCACCGGAAACCAAAUUAGCAGCAGGCUGAAUAGCCUAGUGGACGCAAAUGGACUAGCAUUAGUUAUUUCACGUCAAAAGUUGACAAACUUCAACGUUCUUCUUUUCGACGAAAUAUCAUGUUAAGGCUCUGUUAUAAGAAAGUUGUAUCGAUCUGAGUUGUGAUUUAUAAUAAAUGUUUUCUUCCAUAAUGA